AUCGUCCCGGCUCUGGGGGAUGCGGGGGGCCGGGGUGGGCGCCGUCCCCGCCUUGUCUCCUCCUCCCCGGCUGCCGCCGGCAGCGGGGCCGCACCCCCCAGGGCACCCGGUGCUGCCGGGGAUACCCACGGCCAGGGCCCCAUCCGGGGCCGCCGAGGCCGUCCUGUGGGCGGGGGGGCGGAGCGGCCGGUCGUCCCGUCCCCCCGUCGUCGUCCCCCCCCCCCCGCCCCUCCCGAUGUCACUGGAAGCACAAGACCGUCCCGCCCCGGUACCGGCGGGGCAGAGCCGAGCCAUGGCCGGGCGCGGGCGGACGCUGCUUGGGGCGCUGCGGGCGACGGCGGACGGCGGGGCCGCCUCCCGGUGUCUCGGCAUCCCCCGUUCCCCGCCGGUGCAGCCAGCGCGGCCGUUCCUGAUCCCAGCGGGCACCGGCCCCAGUGGGCACCGGGAGCGGCGGGUACUGGGGUACUCGGCAGAGCAGAUGUACGAGCUGGUGGCCAACGUCGGGGAGUACCGGCUCUUCGUGCCCUGGUGCAGCCGGUCGGCCGUGCUCUCCCGCCACGGGCAGGUGUUGCGGGCAGAGCUCGAGGUCGGCUUUCCACCGCUCCUGGAGCGCUACGUCUCCGAGGUCUUCCUGGGCUCCCGGUGGAUCCGGGCCGUCAGCCGGGACUGCUGCCUCUUCAGGCACCUGGAGACCCUGUGGCAGUUUGGGCCAGGGCUGCCCGGACGGACAGACACCUGCUUGCUGGACUUCUCGGUCUCCUUCGAGUUCAGGUCGGCGCUGCACUCCCGGCUGGCCAGCCUGUUUCUGGACGAGGUGGUGAAGCAGAUGGUGUCAGCCUUCGAGGGCCGGGCACAGGCACUGUUCGGGCCACAGGCAGCUGCCCGUCCCUGCCCGCGCCAACGGGCAGCGCACCGGGCCUGAGGACCCCGGCCGUGGCGGGCGACGCUCCUCGACCCCGGUGUCAGCUGGACUCCGCCGUCAGCCCCGCUCGGGGCCUCACCCUAUUUAUGUCUAUUUAACCCACUCAAAAGAUAAUUUAUUUUUCCAA